AUGGUACACCUCGAACUCUCGGACUUCCUGUCAGGAGGGACAAGCGUGCGAUUCCAAGGACGGAAAUUAGCGGCGCCCUCCUCUCGAAGAAGGGGCCCCGCGCGAAAAAGAGGGUGGAAACGUCCUCCUGGGUCCGUCGUGGUGUUGUCCGCCGGGGGUGGCGGUGGCGGCGGGGGCGGGGGUGGUUGCAGGAGCCGUGAAUUGGAACGUCGUGGGGGUGGCGGCCGGGGUGCCCCCUGCCUUGCCACCAUCAGCUCCUCUGUCGCGGGGAGCGCGGGGGGUUGCGGCCCGGUCGUGGGUCUACCCUCCUAUAAGAAACGACAAGGCAGCGGAGCCGCCUGGGGCCGUGGAACUCGUGGACGCGGGAGAGGUCGCGGGGGCGGCGCGAACCUACUUGGUUCCGGCGUCGCCCCCGCAAACUAUCCUCAAGGACUGCAGGGCGUCGGGCCCGGACUACGGGAGGUCGUGAACAUUUUAGGAGAAAGGAAUCAAGCUGGCACCUUAACUGGCGUCGGACCACCACCGGGAACUUUGGAUUCAGAGGGUACCGGAGACGAAGAAGAAGGAACUUCAACCAAAAGACCACCUAGGCCUCUCUAUAGGAGGUUAAUCAACUACGUACGACAAGCCUGGACUGGUGUUAAGUUUGCUUUAGACUCAGAAUACGAAGAAGAGCAAACGCCAAGAUACAGGCCGGACUCUUUGGCAAGUCUCUGCCGAGCGACAAGAUUCACAGAGGCCGAGCUCAAGAGGAUAUAUCGUGGCUUCAAGGCCGAAUGCCCCACGGGAGUCGUCAGAGAGGAAACUUUCAAGUGCAUCUACUCGCAAUUCUUUCCUCAAGGAGCAAACACCAGCCAGUACGCGCAUUAUGUCUUCAACACUCUGGACCAAGAUCACAGUGGUCUACUCAGCUUCGAGGACUUUGUCAUCGGACUCAGCAUACUAUCACGUGGCUCGAUAGACGAGAAACUACGUUGGACAUUUUCCCUUUACGACAUCAACGGGGACGGCUGUAUCACGAGAGAAGAAAUGACGGACAUUGUUACCGCGGUCUACGAGCUCAUGGGAAAAUUUGCUGAUCCAACGUUGGACCACGAGGGCGUAAGAGAAAAGGUCGACCGAAUGUUUCAGAAAAUGGAUGGGAAUAAGGACGGUGUUGUGACACUGUCCGAAUUUCUGGAAGCUUGUCAAGCCGAUCCGGAUAUUUCAACGAGUAUGGCGGCUUUAGACACGGCCUUCUGACACUCGGCACGACCACGAUACACACCAUGGACCUGAAGGGAUCAGAGUCCUUUGGCUGAAGAUCGACCGUUUGGCAUUGUACGUUACUUCCUGAAAUAGAGGAAGCACCUUUCACGAGGAGACUCGAAUCUCCGUGUCCCAAAAAAAAAAAAAAAAAUGGGUUGGACGUUUGCUAUUAGCACGUCGUAUUGGAAUUGAUCGUUUCAAGAAAGAAAUGUGUAGGAGACAAAUAGAACAAGAUAAUAAGAAAGUUACGUCUUAUAUAACGAUAGAAGAACGGCCAAAAGAUUUUCAGGGAAUUUUCAAAGGAAAACGUUAAGACGUUUUCUUCGCUAACAAAAUAAAAGGGGAUAGAAUUGGGUAUCUUUUCUUUGAGAUCCUACGAGAAAGAAAGGUAGAAAGGAAGAGAGAAAAGAAAAAUCACUUUCGAUAGUUGUUGUUGAAAAAAAAAAAAAAAAAAAAGGAAAAAAAAAAAUAAGAAAUGAACAAUGGAAGGAGAUAUUUUGGAAUUCACUUCGACGAUAUUUUAACGAUAUAUCUUAAACGUGUUACAUGUAAAGUCCGUUUGUUAAAAGCGAACGUAAAGAAAAAAAAAAAAAAAAAAAAAAUAAAAAAAUAAAAAAAAAAUAAAAAAAAAAAAAUAAAAAAAAUUCAUUUGUU